AGGUAGCUCUUGAAGUGAAUGCUUUUCAACCCGCUUAUUGAGCGCUAUCCUCCCGAAGAGGUUGUUGUCCAGCUUCAGGAUUCGAUGAAAGAAACUCGAAGUUCGACAGCAUAUUUGUUUGAUGCAGGUACGUGACGCCGCAGAACCUUGCAAGAAUUGGGGAGCUCGUGGAAAUUUGACGCAGCAUGCACUUACCUCGAGGAAAUUAGUUACCUCCUCCUGGACCGGAAGGACAGACUCGGGGUCAUGUGACCACUCUCGACAUCAAGACAUCAGUACCCUGUACCUAGUAGCUAGAUGGUACGUGGCAGUGCUUUGCCCUAGGAUCAUGAGGGAAAUCGUGGACUUUGUCCGUUAUGAGUGGAGACGUGACAUGAGGGACGUGAACUAUUGCCCUGACUACCCGGAUAUCAGAGAGUGUCCCUUGUGUAUACACCCGCCUGCGGGAGAUUGUUGAAGUUUAGAAUAUAAUUUUUGUGGUUACCAGCAAUAGACAACAUCGCAACCAACGAGCCUUACGGAAUAGACCCGAACUGCUCCCAUCUGUGAUAAGGCUCCUCAUAACCAA